AAGAGGAAGGUUUAUCAUCUUUCCGUUUGAUAUUGAGCGAACAAAAGUGUCUGUCUACAUAAAUCAACCGAUGUUCCUUUCGGCACCGGUGACGGCACCGGAAGCACUUCCAGGGUUGCCAUCGAUUUCUGGCCGAGGUAGCUUCUUCUUUCAACACCGGCCUUUUCCAUCCAGUUUUACUCUUCUACACCGUCCACCGGUUUGUCACACUCUGUCGCUCACAUUUGCUCGCCGUCGGAACCAAAAUUCAUCUGUCAGUCCGUCUUCAUCGUCUUCGAAGAAAAAGAAGAGAAAUUUGAUUCCGAAAGAAGCUAGGGACGAGGAGGAGGACGUACAGGAGGAUGCUCUUGAGUUGUUGUUUAGUCAACUGGAAGAAGAUCUCAAGAAUGACGCGUCUUCCUUGGAUGAGGGUGAAGACGAUGAAUUUAGCGAAGAGGACCUUGCCAGACUCGAGCGCGAGCUAGGAUUAGCUCUUGGCAUCGAUGUUGAUGAAGAAGAAGAGAAAGAUGUCAACGAUGAUGACGAGGACGACGAUGAUGAAGUUCUUGAAGAUGAUGAAGAAGAGGAAAUGCCUGUAAAACUUAAGAACUGGCAACUUCGUCGACUAGCCUCGGCUUUGAAGAAAGGCCGCCGUAAAACAAGUAUCAAGAGUCUUGCUGCUGAACUUUGUCUCGACAGGACCAUCGUUCUCGAUUUGCUUCGCGAACCACCACCCAGUCUUCUGAUGUUGAGUGCUAGUCUUCCAGACACUCCUACACCAUCAAUUAUAGAAACUAAAACAUUACAAACUACUGAUGAAGAACCUCUAGUAGUAGACACUGCUGAAGAGGCGGAAGUGAAGAAGGUGCCUGUUCAUGUUAUGCAACAAAGCUGGGCUGCUCAAAAGAGACUGAAGAAGGUUCAGAUUGAAACUCUUGAAAGAGUUUAUAGAAGAACAAAGCGGCCAACUAACGCAAUGAUUAGUAGCAUCGUGCAAGCGACAAAUCUGCCUCGCAAAAGAAUAGUGAAAUGGUUUGAAGAUAAGCGAGUUGAAGAUGGAGUUCCUGAUCAACGCCUACCUUUUGGUCGGUCUUCUCCUCAAUCUGUUUGAUCUUCUUCAUCUACCAAACGCCUCGAUGGUUAGCUUUCUUUAUUGCUUUAUUCUCCUUUCGAACAUACUACUUUAGUUGUGUUUUUCCAUUACUCAACAAGAUAAGGAGGAAUUAAGAGUUCGAAUGUUGAAUGCGUGAUAGUCACAUUGAAUAUUUUCUUUUUUUGGUAGCUGAUAAUAUGAACCGAGAGUUUCAUAGAA